AUGCACGGACUUUUGCUCGCCGGGCUUUUGGCCCUGCCCAUGAAUGUGCUCGCUCACCCUGCUGAGCAGCAGACCAGCUCUGUCCUCAGCCGUCGUGGUGUCGACAUCGACUCCUUCCGUCUGCCAUUGAAAGCCAAGUACAUGGACAGCGAUGCUACCGCUCAGAAGAUCCAGGCCCUCUCUUUCUCCAAGGAGGACGACUACGUCUCCACCGCCACCAAGCUUGUCAAGAGCACAUUCCCAAAGUCCACUUUCCGUGUUGUUGACGACCACUACAUUGGCACCAACGGAAUUGGCCAUGUUCACUUCAAGCAGACUGCUCACGGUCUUGACAUCGAUAACUCUGAUUUCAAUGUUAACAUCGACCGUGACGGCAAGGUCUUCUCCUUCGGAAACUCCUUCUUCACUGGAGAAAUCCCCAAGGAGAGCCCAAUGGUCAAGCGUGAAUUCUCUGACCCAGUCAAGGCCUUGAAGGGUGCCGUCAAGGCCCUUAACCUCCCAGUUAAGUCUGAGAACGCCAAGGCCAAGACCGUCGAGGGCAAGGAAUCCUUUGAGUUCCAGGGAACUUCCGGAGCUCUCUCCGCCCCCAAGGCUAAGCUUGUCUACCUCCAGAAGGAAGACGGCAGCCUCGCCCUGACCUGGAAGGUCGAGACUGAUGUUGGCGACAACUGGCUCUUGUCCUAUGUCGAUGCCCACGACAGCGAGACCGUUCACAACGUUGUUGACUACGUUGCCUCUGCUGAGUUCAAGGUCUUCGCCUGGGGUCUCAAUGAUCCCACCGAGGGAAACCCAACCAGCUUCCGUGACCCAUGGACUGCUUCCUCUCCAUUCACCUGGCACUCUGAUGGCACCAACAAGUACCCAACCACCCGUGGUAACAAUGCCAUUGCUCAGGACAACCCAACUGGUGGCAGCACCUAUCUCAACAACUACCGCCCACAGAGCGCUAACCUCAUCUUCAACUACCCAUGGACCGCGGCCAUGACCCCCCCAUCCUCUUACAAGGACUUCUCUAUCACACAGCUCUUCUAUACCACCAACAGAUACCACGACCUCCUCUACUCCUUCGGCUUUAAUGAGGCUGCUGGUAACUUCCAGGUUAAUAACAACAACAAGGGUGGCAAAGGCAAUGACUUCGCGAUUGUUAAUGCUCAGGAUGGCUCUGGUACUAACAACGCCAACUUUGCCACCCCACCAGAUGGCAGCCCUGGCCGCAUGAGAAUGUACAACUGGACUACUGCUCGUCCCAACCGUGAUGGCUGCCUUGAAGCCGGUAUCGUCAUCCACGAGUACACUCACGGUCUCUCAAACCGUCUCUGCGGUGGUCCUGCCAACAGUGCCUGCUUGAACGCUCUCGAGUCCGGUGGUAUGGGUGAGGGAUGGGGUGACUUCUAUGCCACUGCUAUCCGUCUAAAGCCCCGUGACACCAAGAACACCAACUACUCCAUGGGAGCCUGGGCUGCUAAUGACCCCAAGGGUAUCCGAGCCUACCUCUACUCCACUAACCUCCAAACCAACCCCUACAUGUACACCUCGGUCAACAACCUCCGUGAGGUCCACGGAAUCGGUACCGUCUGGGCUACCAUGCUCUAUGAGCUCAUGUGGGGUCUGAUUGAGGCCCACGGUGGUACCUACAGUGCUGACCCAGUCUUCCGCAAUGGUGUCCCACAGGACGGCCGCCACCUUGCCAUGAAGAUCGUCAUGGACGGAAUGGCCCUUCAACCAUGCAACCCCAACUUCGUCCAGGCUCGUGAUGCCAUCAUCGAUGCCGACCGUGCCCUCACCAACGGUGCCAACAAGUGCACUAUCUGGAAGGCAUUCGCCAAGCGUGGCCUCGGCUAUGGCGCCAAGUACGACCCACGAACCCGCACCGGCAGCAACCAACUUCCACCAGGCUGCUAA